AUAAGAUAAUAGUAUUGACUUAAAAUUAUUUAUUGGAUAAUUGCCUAAAGCAUGGGAAAAGGAAUAAAUCAAAGAAUUUUUCUCAAAAUAUGGAAAAAUAUAUGAAGUUUAAAUUAUAAGAGAUGCUAAAGGAUAACAUAAAGGAUGUGCUUUUGUAAAAUUUGCCUCUAUGACCGAUGCAGAAAGAGCCAUAGCUGAUUUAAAAAAUAAAUCACUGCCAGGAAUGAAAAAUAAUAUCGAAAUUAAAUGGGCUGAUAACGAAGAAGAAAGAUUAGGUGUUAAUUAAGAUUCUGACCAUAAAUUAUUUGUCGGUUCAUUACCAAAAACAUGCACUGAAUAAAACAUAAGGGAUAUUUUUGAAACUUUUGGAGAAAUAGAAGAACUACAUUUAAUGAAAGAUAGCUAGAAUAAUACCAGAUAAGCAUUUUUAAAAUACAAAUUAAAAGAAAAGGCUCAUUUGGCAAUAAGAAAUUUAAAUUCUUAAGUUUAUAUAGGAAAUUCUGAAAAUCCAAUUGAAGUUAGAUUUGCGAAAAAAUAUGUUGAGUCAGAACACUAAAAAGUUUAACAUAAAACAGAAUAAGCAAAUAUUCCUUUUGUUUCUUGGCAAAAAAUAUACUUUAAAUAUUAUACAGAAAAUAAUUAACCUUAUUAUUAUCAUCCUUAUACUAAUUAAAGUACUUACGAAAGACCAUCUACAGGUUCCCUAAUUCAUGAUGUAGAUGGAAGUUCUGAAUAUAUUGAACUAAAUUCAAAAUAACUAUUAAUGCCAAAAAAUGAACCUUUUGUUAUAAAUGAUAGAAAAGAUGUUUAUGAUGGUAAAAAGCAUGGUCCUCCCGGUUCAAACUUAUUUAUUUUUCAUCUCCCAACUGAUUUUAGAGAUUCUGAUCUAGAAAGAAUGUUUUCUUAAUUUGGAGAAGUUAUAUCUGCAAGAGUAAAUACAAGACCUGAUGGUACUAGCAAAGGAUUUGGCUUUAUUAGUUAUAAUUCAGCUAAAGAAGCUGAAGACGCUAUAAGAAAUUUAAAUGGAGUUUAAUUAAAAAAUAAAAGAUUGAAAGUAGAAAUUAAAAAAGAAUAAACAAAUUCAAAUUCUUUAAUUAAAACUACUUUUAAUCCUUUUUGA